AUGUGUCCUGAUGUGGAGUCGGCUUCCAGUUUCUUCUUCCUGGGUCACCUGCUGGAUGAUGAGGCUGAUGAAUAUGAGUACUAUGAUGAGCUCCCACAGCUGGAGCAGGACCCCUCCCUCCAGCAGCAGACCUCAGAGGACCCUGACUGGUUUGAGGAGUAUUUUGGCUACAGUGAUACCAGAAAAGCAGACCCAUGCUCCUCCAACCCCUGCAGGAACAAUGGUAGGUGUGAAAACAGAGGAAGAACCUUCAGCUGUCUCUGCCCCAAGCCUUAUGCCGGGACUACGUGUGAGAAAGUGAAGGACAUGUGUUUGGAGAAGAGGUGCCACAGGGGAGACUGCCUGAUUACAUUAACCCCACCUUAUUCUCAGUGCAGCUGCAACCAUCCCUACAAGACACCCGACUGCCAAAAAGCAUCCUCCCCGUGCAGACCAAACCCUUGCAAAAACGGAGGUACCUGCAUACGGCACAGAGUCAGAUCGAAAUUCACCUGCGAGUGCCCCGAACCUUUCACAGGGAGAUUCUGUGAGAUUGGACUGGAUGAUUGUUAUGAAGAAGACUCCUCUAUGUACAGAGGAAGAGUGAACCAAGCAGCAAAUGGCAAGACCUGCCUGCACUGGAAUUCCCACAUUCUCUUGAACUACCCUAUUAAUGCCUUUAUGGAGGAUGCUGACUCUUAUGGCAUUGGUGAACAUAAUUUCUGCAGGAAUCCUGAUGAGGAUGAAAAACCCUGGUGCUACAUCAGAAAAGAUCACAAAGUGGAAUGGGACUUCUGUGAUGUUUCAGCCUGCUCAAGAACAGCUGAAGAGAGCUCGUGGCCAACAGACAGCCCAACAGAUGUAUUCACAACAUGUGGACAGCCUGAAGUUCAAAGGACACUCAAGAGGAUCUAUGGUGGAGCUAAGACUACAGCUGGCAAACAUCCCUGGAUGGCAUCUCUGCAGAUGAAGACUUCCAAGAGGAGCACACAUUUCUGUGGUGGAGUGCUAAUUAAAGCAUGCUGGGUUCUUACUGCUGCACACUGCAUUGAAGAACCAGCAGAAAAUCUCCAAGUAGCCCUUGGAAAGCAAGAUCUCCAGAGGAGAGAGCGUCAAGAGCAAAUAUUUGAUGUGGAGAAGAUUAUCGUACAUCACAAAUACAGAGAGAAGGAUGGUGUCCCACACAAUGAUAUUGCACUACUUAAAUUGAAGCCAGUUGAUGGUCACUGUGCAGUGGAAACAAAGUUUGUGAAAACAGCAUGUCUGCCUAACUUCUCCUUUCCUGGUGGGACUGACUGCUUCAUUUCUGGAUGGGGCAUGACUGAGUCAGAUGACCUAUCCCGUGGCCUGUUAGAUGCCAGUGUCAAGCUGAUUUCUCAGAAGACAUGCAGUGCUCCCAGAGCAUAUGAACACAUGCUGGACAACAGUAUGUUUUGUGCAGGAAGUCUUCAGAGACCCAGAGCUGAUUCUUGUCAGGGAGACUCUGGAGGCCCACUAACUUGUGUAGAAAAUGGUUCCUUUUACGUGUAUGGCCUUGUGAGCUGGGGUGAUGGGUGUGGGUUAAGCAAGCCAGGAGUUUAUACCCAGGUGACAACAUUCAUCAGUUGGAUUGAAUCUAAAAUUCGAUCUGAGUCAAGAUCACUUCAUUAG